CGACCGUUACACGACUACACAGACAAUGCUGUCCCAACACAGAAUAAACCCUAAACAGUGUCACGCCAACGUACACAACUCCCUGCCGAUGAAGUCAGCGGGCCGCAAAGGGUAUGUACUUCAUACAUGGUGCAGUACAGUGCAGCACAGCAUGUAUGCAACCUACAUGUAGGUAUGUAGGGAGGAAUAGGUGGGGGCAACAGUUUCUUUUCUUUCUUUCAUUUAUCGAUUUAUUGGUUGAUAUUCUGGUCUCACCUGGCUCUUUCUGUCUGUCUAUCCGUUUGUCUGUAGGUAUGAUGUCUGUAGAUGUAGGUGGACAGCCCCGCGCGGUGCGGAAAAAUGAUCCAUCAUAUUUAUCCAGUUUCCCCUCCCUUCUUCACUGGGUGGUGGCAACUAGCUACUGGCUACGGCAGCAGACUGUAAAAGAUAGAGGGUAGAGG